AUGAGAGGAAGGGACGGGACGCUAAGGUGCCGCGGCAAAGUAAGCUUAGCCUUUCUCCGGUCAGCUGAUAUAGACUCCCCCCAUUGGCACUUCUUUUGUCACUUUUCCUUUGAGCGAAUUACAGGGCGGAAAAGGAAGCACUCUGAUGACAUCGCACGUCGAGAAAGAAGCUGGCAGAGGGAAGGAAAUAAUCUUCUUCUGUUUACAAGUCUUGUUGAAGAAGCCUUGACUCGUCUAUCCGAUUCCUCAUCAACUCCUGACCAAUGUAGAGAAAGUUCAGCCGAGGAGGAAGAGCAGGUGUUGAAGCUCAUAGGCUUGGAGAGGUAUGAAGUCUUUAUACUGCUAUCAGAGGAGAUGAAGCGGAAGAAACUUGAACUAAUCUUUCUGCCCUUUAACCAGCUCCUACCUUUACCGGAUCUAAUGUUAAAGCAUACGUACCCUUUUGCAGACAAGUCACCUAUUAAGAGUCGAACAUCCUCAAAAUCUUUUCCAGACGGUAAGCCGUAA